AAUACAAUAAUGCCCUCAACCGCUAAGCAUUGUCUUGCCAAACGCAAGCAUGAUGAAAGGCGCGCUGAAGCGCACAGCGCAUCAAGGCAGAAGGAGGUACAAGAACUUUGGUUCAACCCGCAUGCGACGGAGAUUUGCGAGUCGCGCAUGAACAUAUGCCUAUGUGACUGCGAUUGUCACCUUUGGCAGGACGAAAAUGUGCAACGAGAGCUUCGAAAAUUAGCAAAUAUUUACUCACAUAAGAACCCACCGGGUAUGAAAGAUGAAGAGGAAACGGAACCGAAAACAAAAACAAAAACGAAGGGAAAGGUAAGAUCGGUUGAUGAAGAGGAGGAAGAACCAACCAAAGGGUUUUUGUGCUGUAAAAAAUCAUCCACAAAACGUUCACACAGCAAGCAAAGAGAAGAAAAGGAACAAAGAAAAAGGCAAAAGUCUAAAGACGAAGACAAUACGAAGAAAGUGCAUGAAAAAAGUAUAAGUCGCAGCCGUAUGCGACCGUUUCCCGUGAAUAGACGAUUUAAAACUCGUGAGGAAGUUAAGCGCUACCGUGAACUUAAAGCCAUUUAUACCACAAAACCAAGAAAUCCACAGCAUUCAGAUAAGCAAAAUGAUACUGAAACAAAGUCUAACUCCCAGAAUACGAUUGAAGCCAAAGGACGCAGUCCAAAAAAACAUGCCGCCAGCUCAAGUGCUGAUUCAAUAACCACGGCCGCGCAAAGGCAGCACAGAUCACGUAAGACUAAGACGGAACCAAGAACGAGACCGCAGGAGAGCAAUGAUAGCGGCUAUCCACGCGAUCGACCUUAUGCUCCCAUGUAUGCAGACGAAAGAGAGCAUAUGGAGUUGAAAGAGGAUGACCACAAAGACUCUGCGGUAGGCUGUUGCGGAAUGCGUAAAAAAUCGAAAGCUAAUAAGCAGCAACGGGAAUAUGAAGCCUACACACCUGCGCAUUGCUCUGAAAAACAAACUCCAAGGCCAAACCUGGAGGCGGAGUGUGCACCCACAACCGAAGAAAUGGAGCUGCUGGAAAUGCUUAGAGCCACUUACACACGUGAAGUGAAACCUGAGCAGGAGCAAAAAUCGAAAUCCGCAACAUCAACAGCUACAACAACAGAGGAGGAAACGGGUUGUUGUGGCUCGAACUCUAAAAAGAAACAACAGCAGGCAGAGACUGAUUUAUGUGAACAAUGUUACUUUUGUGAGUGCAGUUGUGGGGAUAAUUAUCCUAAAGAAUUGAUUACCCAAACCAAUGACUCCAAGAGUAAGCAAUUCGAUAAGGCAGCCGAACCAUUUUGUUCAUGCGAUACUUCUUCCGAUUCUAAGAACGGAAAUAAAGAACACAUUUUUAAAUAUCCCACCCGGGAGAUGAUCUCUUUGCAAGUGGAUGAACAGCAUACACCCGGAAAAACAAAAUCUGUAGGGAUACGUGCAAGAGAUAGAAACCAAAUUGAUACGAGCAAAUCGGAUAAUUCUAUGUACACCACUAAGCGAAAACCGAAAAGCAUUAAGGGUGCGAAAAAUAAGAACUCGCCAAAGGAUGUUGAUUCCGAGAAAACGUCUUGCUGCUCUUUCUUAUGUCGCAAGAAGCAAAAUACUGAAAGCGAUAAACCAGAAACAAAAACCAAGCCAGCUAAAAAACGAAAAAAACCUACUACAGCCGUUAGUUUCUCCGAUGCGAAACCGCAAAAGCGUAAGCAACAAGCCACAAAACCUAUCGAAGAAGGAAAAGGUAGGAAUGUGAAUGUAAAACGGCGAAAACAACCAGCUUUUCAUCCCAAACCUGAGCCGAAAACCAAGUCAUCCCCAAAACCCCCGUUAUCUUCUUCGAAAUAUAAACCGCAACAAGCUGAUGGCAGAAAGGCAAGACGUCGAAAUCAGCCAGCUUUUCAUCCUAAACCUGAAUCGAAAACGCAGCCAAAAGUAAAAACUUCAUCUUCCUCCGUGAACCGGAAGUCACCGUCUGGUGAUAAGAGAAAAGCUACAGCCAGAGGUAAAAUUUGUCCUCCAGCAAAACCAAAGAAAGCAAAACCUUCAUCCAAACAAGCAGAACGAAGCUCGUUAAAAAAGGAUACUGGCUCUGAAACGUCUUGCUGUCCUUGUUUAAGAGCCAAAAAUAAUUUCGAACAUAGCAACAUUAAGGAAAAAGGCCACAAGAAAGACAAGCCCGAAGCAUAUGCUGGCAGUAAAAGAAAACCAGCUAAAGUCAAAAGUGCCGAAAAAGUUCAAAUGGAAAAGCCCAAGAAACGACAACGGAAACCUUCACUUACACAAAGUCACGAAAAAGUUCAAAGGAUGAAGCCAAAACAGUCAGGUAAUUCAAAACAACAAGCUUCGAAAGUCGAAAGUCGGGAAAAACUGGAAAAGAAACAAUCAGGCACAUCAUGCUGGUCUUGUUUUAGAAAGAAUAAAACAAAAAAAUCAGAUACAUCUAAAAAGGAGCCUUCGAAGAAUAAAAGUACGGAGAAACUGUACAGAGAUAGACCGAAAGAUGAUUCCAAGCAGAAGCUAUCAAAGCAUCAAAGUCAAGAAAAAUUUAAAAAGGAAAAGUCAAUGAAACAUCCUGAUUCUAAACAGAAGGCUUCAAAGUCUAAAAGUAAAGAAACUCUGGAAAAGAAAGCAUCCGAAUCAUCAUGUUGGUCCUGUCGUUCAGGCGAUAAGAAAGAAAAAGCAAAGCACGUAGAUGAAUCUAAAAGGCGACCUACAAAAUCCAAAAGUGAGCAAAAACUUCAAAAGAAUCAUCCAAACAAAUCUACCGCUUCUAAACAGAAACAUGCAAAAGCUAGCAAAAGUCAAGAGAAAAUUGAAAGAAAAUCAUCACAGGCAUCAUGUUGGUCUUGUUGUUCCAGUGGCAAAAAGGACAAAACUAAGGAAUCGGAUCUACCUAAAAAAAGAACUACAAGGAGCAAAAGUCAGGACAACAAACAAUUUGCCAGAGAUCCUGCAAGAGUACAUAAGGAUAGACCAAAGAAAACUGGAGAUUCCAAACAAAAACCCUUCAAAGCUAAAAGUCAAGAAAAAGUUCAAAAGCAGUCAUCCGAGACGUCGUGUUGGUCAUGUCGUUCAAAUAAAGAAAAAAAUAAGAAGCAACCCUCAAGAACCAAGAGCCAAGACAAAACUCUAAAAGAUAGGUCUAUGUCAAAGAGUAAAAGUCACGACAAAAUUCAAAAAGGAAACACAAAGCCCCUGGAUUCUAAGCAAAAACCGUCAAAAGCAAGAAGCCAAGAAAAAGUUCGACAGCAGUCUUCGAAUACAUCUUGUUGGUCUUGUGGUGGGAAAAACAAAGAAAAGAAACCGAACGAAUCUAAAAAGAAACCAUCAAAAAGUAAAAGUCAGGAAAAAAUUCAAGGGGAUAAACCAAAAAAGUCGGCUGAUACUAAACGUAAACCUUCGAAAGCUAGAAGUCAAGAAAAUGUUCAAAAGCAGUCUUCAAAAACGUCUUGUUGGUCUUGUGGUGGGAAAAACAAAGAAAAGAAACCGAACGAAUCUAAAAAGAAACCAUCAAAAAGUAAAAGUCAGGAGAAAAUUCAAAGCGAUAAGCCAAAGAAGUCGACUGAUUCUAAACAAAAACCUUCAAAAGCCAGAAGCCAAGAAAAAGUUCAAAAGCAGUCUUCGAAUACGUCUUGCUGGUCUUGUCGUUCAAAUAAAGAAAAAGAUAAGAAGCAACCCUCAAGAACCAAGAGCCAAGACAAAACUCUAAAAGAUAGGUCUAUGUCAAAGAGUAAAAGUCAAGACAAAAUUCAAAAAGGAAAGACAAAGAGGCCCCUGGAUUCUAAACAAAAACCUUCAAAAGCCAGAAGCCAAGAAAAAGUUCAAAAGCAGUCUUCGAAUACAUCUUGUUGGUCUUGUGGUGGGAAAAACAAAGAAAAGAAACCGAACGAAUCUAAAAAGAAACCAUCAAAAAGUAAAAGUCAGGAGAAAAUUCAAGGGGAUAAACCAAAAAAGUCGGCGGAUGCUAAACAUAAACCUUCGAAAGCUAGAAGUCAAGAAAAUGUUCAAAAGCAGUCUUCAAAAACGUCUUGUUGGUCUUGUCGUUCCAAUGGAGAAAAAGAUAAAGCAAAGAAACUGGAUGAACCAAAAAAGAAACUUUCAAAAAGUAGAGUUCAAGACAAAGUUCAAAAGGAUAAUUCAAAGCCUUCGAAAGCUCGAAGUCAAGAAAAAGUUCAAAAACAGCCUUCGAAAACAUCUUGUUGGUCUUGUCGCUCUAGUGGAGAAAAAGAGAAAGCAAAGAAACUGGAUGAACCAAAAAAGAAACUUUCAAAAAGUAGAGUUCAAGACAAAGUUCAAAAGGAUAAGUCAAAGCCUUCGAAAGCUCGAAGUCAAGAAAAAGUUCAAAAACAGCCUUCGAAAACAUCUUGUUGGUCUUGUCGCUCUAGUGGAGAAAAAGAGAAAGCAAAGAAGUUGGACGAAUCUAAAAUGAAAGCAACAAAAAAUAAAAGUCGGGACAAAAUUCAAAAGAGUAGAUCAAAAGAGUUGGCAGAUUCCAAAGCUACUAGCCAGGAUAAGGUUCCAAACUAUAGACUAAGGAAGCUGAUCAAACCCAACGAAAGGCCCACAAAGGCGAAAAGUCAAGAAAAACUGCAAGCGCAAAAAUCAGAAACAUCAUGCUGCUCCUCUCGUUCAAAAAAAGAAAAAGAUAAGUCCACAAAAUUAGAGGGAUCAAAGAAGCCUUCAAGUAGCAAAACUCAGCUUUCAAAAGCAAAAAGUCAAGAGCAAGUUCAAAAGAAACAAUCUGGUACUUCCUGUUGUUCGUGUUGUUCAAAAGGAACAAGUGAUAAAGAUUCAAAAACGAAACCAUCGAAAGCCCAACAAAAAGAAGUGCAAGAGAAACCAGUCAGAAAAUACAGUCUGUUUUCACGACGAAGUAAAAAAGAGAAAUUGAAGGGAAAGGCUGCACCGGAAAGUCCUGUUGGGGAAGAUCAAGCAAAACCGAAAAAACGAAAUAAAAAAGCGGAAAAAACUAAACCGUCUGAGUCUUCGUUCUGUUCCUGCUGCUCCAGCAGUCAUAAAUCAUUAAAGGACAAAGACAAGAAAUCCAAAAAAGAUAAGUGUGCUGUUAAAACUAAGCCAGAAGACAUUUCCUACUGCAAGGCGCUCUAUCAAGAAUUAGAAAACAUAAUCAUGCAACAAAAUGAAUGCGCAAUAAUGAUUUCACAAACUAGAAUAAACAAGGCCGCAGAAACGAAGUCAUCCAAAUCAUCUCUAAAAUCGAAGCAAAAGGAACAAGAACAUCAAAAGCAAAAGGCAGAAAAAACCAACCAAAAUGCCAAAGAAAAGAGAGCAAGUAAGCAAAAAAAUACGAAGCCCGUACCAAAUCAAAAUUCAAAGCAGAGAAGCAGGUCACAAAUACGAAGCGAAAAGUCUAACAGCGACUUAGACAUGGAGAAAGCUUAUAUGCCAGAAUAUGUGCUGGGCAAGCCACAGCGAACAGGCGCAGUCAUCGCUCGAGCGCGUAAGGUGAGGUACAGUCUCUUACCGAGCCUUAAGGCACAAAAAAAAUACCAUCUUUACAAAGGAUGUAGGCACGAGGUUGCUUUUCAAACUUAACGGGCACAACUACAUUUGACAUGUGACUAUAAAGGUCCGGCCUACGAGUGGACACGUGUGAGAUGUAGUUGCAACGUUAAUUUGGCCUAAUGCCACAUUUGGAGAACGAUAAGGCUCAUGUGCACUUUUCUGAAUAUUUUUGUCUGUAAAAUUUUUGUACGAACAGGUUUAUUCUUCAUGAACAAUCCUAAUUUUUUAUUAAUGUAGCAAAAAAAAAUAAAUAAAAAUGCUAAAAAUCAAAAUAAUUUGAAGUUUAAAUGAAGGUAGGUGGUGGAGCUGUCCUUGGUGACGUACAUAGGAUGUAAAUAUAGGCCACUUACCAAUGAUGGUUGCUGAAAUUGUUUCGGACAAGGUAUGUGCAA